AUGAGCACUGUCGAGACGGUCACUCAGCACCCCGUGAUCACUGCGGAAAAUGUCUUGCGCCUAUUUCCCGAAGUAAACACUUCGCUCAUCGGAGGAUCGCACAACUCUGCCACAGAUGACAAUGCGCUACAAGGCUAUGAUGAGGAGCAGAUACGGCUGAUGGACGAGGUUUGCAUUGUCUUGGACAACGACGACUUGCCCAUUGGCAGCGCGACCAAGAAACUGUGCCAUCUCAUGGAGAACAUCGACAAAGGCCUCCUCCAUCGUGCAUUCUCUGUCUUCCUCUUCGACUCCAAGAACCGUCUGCUUCUCCAGCAACGUGCGACCGAGAAAAUCACGUUCCCGGACAUGUGGACAAACACAUGCUGUUCACACCCGCUAGGCAUACCUGGGGAGACGGGUGUCGGGCUUGAGGAGUCGAUUCAGGGUGUGCGCCGCGCAGCAGUACGCAAGCUCAACCAUGAGCUUGGUAUCAAGUCCGAGCAGGUGCCUAUUGACGACUUCAAGUUUCUUACGCGGAUACACUACAAGUCGCCCAGUGAUGGCGUAUGGGGCGAGCAUGAGAUUGACUACAUCCUGUUCAUGAAGGCCGAUGUCGACCUUGACAUCAACCCCAACGAAGUCCGGGAUUCAAAAUGGGUAUCCCAAGAGGACCUAAAGACCAUGUUCAAGGACAAGUCGCUCAAGUUUACACCAUGGUUCAAGCUCAUCUGUGAGAGCAUGCUGUUCGAGUGGUGGAACCACCUUGACUCCGGACUAGAGAAGUAUUUGGGAGAGACGGAGAUUCGGCGUAUGUAA